UUGGACAGAUAAAUUAUUAAAGAAAGUAAAUUGCAUUUGUAUAAUACCUUAGAUUUUCACAAAGUACUUCAUGGUCAACAAAGCACUUUUUUAAAGUAAAGUCACAAAGAUAGACGACAUGUUUUGGUAAUUUUUUGCAAGGUAAUGUUAUUAGACGUGUCAGAGCUGAGCAGGCCAUGUGGCAGAACUCCCCGUUUUUGAAAUAAUACCGUGGGAUCUUUUAGAUCGAACUGAGACGUCUCAUAAAGUUUCAUUGUGGCAAGAUUACAGCUCUGGAAUUUUAGUCUCAGUCUGGAUUAUCUACUCAAAAUCAAGUCGUGUGCAUUUCAGAAGCUUUAUCAAAAAUGUUUUGUUUGAAUACAUUUCGUGGAAGCGGAAACCCUGCAGAGUGACUAUUGAGUUUUAAGCGUGACGGGUUCCAUUCUGUGCCAGGCUGACAGAAAUUAGGUUAUAUAAGUACUUGUCGUCAAAUAGUUGCUUUAGGGAUAAACGUGGGUCGACAAAGUGAAAUACAUGAUAACUAUAGGUUUGCGGGCUGUAUGGCAAAUUGCCAAAUGUGCUUCGGGACUGCGCCAAGGGAGUGUCUGCAGUUUUUGACGGUCCGGCCUCGAGGUCGGCUUUGAACUUUUCAACAACACUAACACCGACUUAGUCUUUAGGAACAAGUGAGGUUGAACUUUCGUUGUAAAAGAAAAUCAGAGAAGGGCGUACUCAAGAUUACUGACAGCCGCCGAGGAACAGCAAAGGCCGGGUGAUUAAGUAAAGUUCCUUUCGGAAAGUCCCCACAGACUGAAACUUCCGUAACUCACAUUUCUGAUUUUCACUUUGAGCAGCUACUUUUGCAGAAAACCCGAGCAGUCAUACAGUGACCAGUGCUAACGGAAGUAAGGGACUGGUUAAAGCCUGGCCAUUCUCACGAUCCAACCAGAUGGUUUUGUCUACGAUUAAACAUGAAAAGCGGUCAAAAUUAGAACUGUCGACUAACCAUGGCGGACUCGGAACAACAGGAGGAAAACGUGAAAAAACUAAUUGUUCGUCUCCAAAACGUCGAGCAAGGAAGUGAAGUCAAAACUCUGCUUCAGAUUUUAGACGAUUUGAUUCUCCUUACUACUGUUCGAAAUGCUUCGAUUUUAUUCGGGAAUAAGAACAUCCACAUGCCAUUGUUGGUGGUUCUGGAAUCGUUCACCGAAAUUGCCAGUAUCCAACAGGCAGGUUGGUCUUUAUUAUGUAAACUGAUGGAACUCUGUCCAAGCAUUAUUAACAAAUUGACAACACCUCAAGAUAUGGGAAAGGACUGGGAUGUUCUUGGAGUGCAUCAACAGAUCCUGAAAUUGUUGUUGAUUUACAAAUGUCAUCCCACCAUAUUGCUGCUGGGCCUUAAGGUGUUAACAAUCCUAGUUCAAUCAGAUGAAAUUUCAUUACUGCUUCGAGAUGAUGAAAUGGAUGUAUUUUCUUUGGUUCUUGAUGGAAUGAAGAGACUUGCUGACCAUUGUGGAAUUCAGAUAUAUGGGUGUCAAGUAUUGAGUGCACUUUUAGGAAAAGUUCCAGAUGAGCAGAUGAUUGAAUUUGUAGAAGAGAAAGAUCACUGGGUAAUUUUAGAAGCCAUAACAAAAUUCAGUGAACAUGAAGAUUUGGUACUGCAUGGUUUGAGAGCUCUGCUUCCUUUGGCUAGUCCACAAAACAAUGUAGAAGUUCUGAUGUCAGGAAAUGAAAAAUGCUACAGUCUAGUAACUGAUGCAAUGAAGAGAUUUCCUGACAAUGAGGCAAUUCAUGAAACUGGCUGCUGUUUACUACAGAGGUUUACUCUUGAUAAUUUUUACAAUAUUUUAUUACUGCACGGAGCACCUGAAGUUGUCAUUAAUGCAGUUCUGAAAUAUCCACAGAAUGGUACUCUGCAGGCUGCUGCUCUCAGCAGUUUGGCACUUUUAACUGAAACGAUAUUUGUGAACAAGCAUCUUGAAGAAAGAAAAGAUGAUCUGUGUUGGACAGAGGCUUGUUGUCGAGCUUUGGAAACAUUCAAAGGGAAUGCAAAGGUCCAGGAAGCAGCUUGUUGGGCACUGUACAAUCUACUUCUGUAUCAGAAUGAUCUACAUACAGAAUUUGAAGAUGAAGAAGCAUGCUAUCCAGUUCACAGACUGGUGAUGACAGCGAUGUUAUUGCAUUCUAAUUCAAAGCAAGUAUUUCAAGCAGCAGCAAAUGUUCUGGCAACUUUGGUCAACAAAAGCGUACAAAUCAGAAGGCUUCUCUUGGCAAAAGGGAUACAUAUCAACAUUCUAGACCUUAUGAAAAAACAUUCAAACUCUUGUGAUGUCCUGGAAAGUGCCUGCAAAUUCCUUAAUAAGUUAUUUAUUGGAAGCAAUCUGAGUUGGGAUAUCAUGAAAUUAACUUCAUGUAGAAUAAUAGACACAUUGAAGAAUACUUUACAUAACUCUUCUGUACAGCUUGAGGCCCUUCGGGUUAUGUCACACAUUAUUUGUCCUGAGGACAUGCUGGAUGCAGAGGAAGAUACAGAUAAGUUGGAAGCAAUAAAGAAAACAAUUGGAAAACAGUGUUUGUCUGAUGGUUUUCAUAGAUUAGUCCUUGAAGCUUUGAAUAAGUAUAUUGAAAAUCCAGCUAUCCAACAAUGUGGCCUCCAAUUAUUGUGCACUAUUGCUGAUUCUUCGGGUACAUUAGAACUGAUGAAAGAAGGAGCUUUAGACACUGUAAUCCAUACUUUACAAAUGUACCCUUCCAUGCAAGAAAUUCAGUAUCUGUGCCUGAAACUUGUGACGAUACUUGUUCCAAAGAAUUAUUUAAGUCGUACAUUCUUGACUUUGGUGGCAAAACUUUUAUUAGAAACAGUACGCAGAUAUGCAGACAAACUAGAAGUGCAAAUGCAGGGUUUCCAAGCAAUCUUGAUGUAUUUUGAAACCAUACCAUCUGCUUUUGUAAUUUUCUUCAAGGAGGGGAUUGACAGAUUUAUUUUUCGUCAGAUGGCAGAACACAGAAAUAAGCAGCUACAGAAUCUCCUCUGCAAGUGCUUGUACAAGUUGGCCAUUGAUCGUGGAAUAAGAAAUCGGAUGCUUGAGAAUGCUUGCUCAGAAAAUAAUGUCGUAAUGGCAGAAUAUUUUAUCCUCUUGGCGGCUGAUGUCAAUCACAAGUCUAAAAAUGAAUCACUGAUUUACCAGGCUUGUACACAAAGCAGUAACCCAUUGUUAGUGGAUCUUUUGCUUAACCAUGGAGCACGUGAGCAAGAUAUUCGGAAAGCUUUAGAAGUCAGCAUUAAGAUGAGUGAUGAGAGAAUCAUAAGCUUGCUUCUAAGAAAGCUUGGAUUGGACCAAAACAAUAAGGCCAUUUGUCUGGGUGGACUUCAUAUGGGCAGGAUUGAAGCAACUUGGUUACGUCCAUUGUUUCCCAAUGAGACAUCUCCCACGUCAAAGCAACAGCUCUCCACAGGUGUCUCCUUGGCCAAGCUUUUAUCAAAGGAUGGGGCAGAAUUGUUGUCAUCAGUGGUGCAGAGUUCAAGUACAAAUUUUGAAUUGAGCUACUCUGAGGAAGCAUUAAAUAAGAGCAAUGAUUGCACUGCAUUGUCGGAUGUGUCAGCAAUUGAUACAGAAGAAAGCAGCCUUUUUGAUGACUUGGAGAAUGAAGGGAAUUUUGUUAUUAUUCAAAAUCCAAACAAUUACUUGGAUGUUGGAGAUUACAGUGAACCUGCAAUUAAUUUGAGACGCUACCGUUCUUUGAGUGCACUUGACGAUGUUGAGCCUGCAGUUAACCCAAGGCAGAGAUCUAUUUCUCAUAUAGUUCAUAAACCAGACUGUGCUUCGCCAAGACCUUCAUUUGGAAGUGCGAAUGACCACUGGGUGCAGCAUGCGACUGAGACAGAAUUCAUCUGGUCCUUGGAUCUUUCUGCAAAUGACUUGGAGCAUCUAAAUUCCAUCAAUCACACAUGUUGUAUUGCUCCAUUCCUUGCACAACUACAAAAGCUGGAUUUAAGUCAAAAUAACUUAACAAGUUUCUCGCAACACUUGUGCACAAUUCUCAGGUGUCUGACAGAUUUGGAUAUCAGCAAUAACAAGUUUACUACUUUUCCAACAUGUGUACUGGAAAUGCAGUCUAUUACGUCCCUUGAUAUCUCCAGGAACAGCAUUGGCCAUUCUCUAAUCUUGAACUCCACGUGCCCAACCCUGAAAAAAUUGAAUUUGUCUCAAAAUCAACUCUCCUCCUUUCCAGAGUCUCUUGAUAAAGCCACAGAAAAACUAGAGGAACUAUUACUUAAAGGAAAUAAAAUGAGGACAAUUGUAUCUUCACUGUGUUUGACUGAGCUUAAUCUACUAGAUCUUAGUCAAAACUGCAUUCCUAACAUUCUGGACACAUUUCUGAUGCAAUGCUCAAAGCUAGACACAUUCAGAAUCUCAGAGAAUCACCUCAGUACGUUGCCAGGUUUGCCAUCAAAGAUUACUACAAUUGAUUUAGCCAGCAACAAGUUUGGCAGCGUUCCCGAAGCAGUUCUUAAGCUUCAACAUUUAAGGAGUGUCAACCUAAGUCACAACAACAUAUCCGAGCUUCCUGGGCCUUUACAUUGGGAGUCUUCAAGUUUAAGGGAGUUGAUAUUCAGCCAUAACCAAAUCAGUGUUUUGGAUUUGAGUGAAGGAGUGAAUAAAUGGUCAAGACUAGAAAAGCUGAAUCUCACUAAUAACAAAUUGAAGGAGCUACCUCCUCAAAUUGGUCUGCUAGAAAACAUGACAUCAUUACUCUUGAGUAAUAACUCUGACUUGAAAUCCUUGCCAAAUGAAAUGGGGAAGCUGCAUAAGUUGUGGGAGCUUGAACUACAAGGGUUGUUUCUGGAUUUGGAUUUAAAACAUGUGGGCAGCAAAACAAAAGAUAUCAUCAGAUUUCUGCAUCAGCGCUUGAAGAAAGCUGUGCCUUAUUACAGAAUGAAACUUAUGAUAGUGGGAAAUGCUGGUAGUGGAAAAACCACAUUGCUUCAGCAGCUGAUGAAAUGCAAGCAACCAAACCUGGAGCGAGAGAAAGCCACGAUUGGAAUUGAUGUUAAGGAGUGGUCAAUUCAUGUAAAAGAAAAGAAAGGGAAGCGAAAGGAAUGCACGUUGAGUGUCUGGGAUUUUGCAGGGCAAGAAGAGUUCUACAGCACACAUCCCCACUUUAUGUCUCCACGAGCCCUAUACCUUGUUGUCUGUGACCUUAGUAAAGGAGUUGGUGAAAUUGAUGCUAUCAAACAUUGGCUGUUUAACAUAAAGGCCUGUGCCUCAUCCUGUCCUGUAAUUCUUGUCGGUACGCACGUUGAUAUGACUAAUGAAAAACACCAAAAAAAUUGCAUAUCCAAAAUUAAGAUGGAAUUCCUUCAGAACCAUGAUUUUCCUCCCAUCCGUGAUUACCAUUUUGUGGUGGCCACAGAGGAGUCUGACUCUGUUUUAAAACUGCGUAGAGCCAUUAUUACUGAAAUACAGAGUUUCAAGAUCAGAGACCAGCCAGUAAUAGGUCAGCUCAUACCUCAUAGUUAUAUGGAAUUGGAAAAGAGGAUUAUACAGGAACGAAAGAAUGUUUUAUCAGAAUUUCCAGUAAUUCAUCAACAGCGAUUGCUGGAAAUAGUUCAAGAGAAUCAUUUGCAACUGGAUGAAAAUGAACUGCCCCACGCUGUUCACUUCCUCAAUGAAUCUGGUGUGCUACUGCACUUCCAUGACCCAGCUCUUCACCUGCGGGAUCUUUAUUUUAUAAUUCCACAAUGGCUGUGUAAGAUGAUGGCACAGAUUGUGACUGUAAAAGCAGCAACUUGUCCAAAGCAUCCUUGUGGAAUUAUUUAUCGAUCAGAUGUCGAGAACUUUCUCUCACAGAAAAACAGUUUCCCUCAGAAGUACAUAUCCCAAUACAUAAAGCUUCUGGAAAAGUUCCAAAUUGUUUUGCCUUUAGGAGAGGAACAACUACUUGUUCCAAGCAGUUUACCUGAUCAGAGACCUGUAAUUGAACUCCCACAUUGUGAAAACUCCGAAUUGAUAGUAAGGCUUUAUGUAAUGCCAUAUUUUCCAAUGGGAUUCUGGUCCAGACUCAUCAACAGGCUACUGGAGGUUUCUUCUUACAUGCUUGGCAGACAAGAUAGAGAGAAACGUUUACGGCCUAAUAGGACAUAUUGGAGACAAGGAAUCUAUCUGAUUUGGUCACCAGAAGCCUACUGCCUGGUAGACUCAGCUGUAUUGGAUGAUAAGCCAGAGAGUGUUGUCAAAAUAACUGUUCCAUGCUGCAGGAAAGGGUUCAUUUUAAUGGGCCAGAUUGUAGAUCACAUUGAUUCUUUGCUGGAAGAGUGGUUUCCAGGCCUCCUGGAGACAGAUAUAAUUGGGGAAGGAGGCACUCUUCUGAAGAAAUAUGCUUUGUAUAGCUUUGAAGAUGACCAAGAAUGCCAGCAGAUUCUACUGGACGACUUACUAGACAUAGCUAAAGAAGGGGAUUUUUUAACUUGUCCUACUGAUAGAAGCAACAAGGUUUCUAUUUCACGAGUGGCUCCAGACCUUGUGCUAGUUGAUCUACCCAGGCAUAUUAUGCUGGAUGUUAACCACCUUGAGCUAGAACAAACGCGUGAUGUUUUGCUGGGUGAUGGAGGUUUUGCAUCUGUCUAUCGGGCAACUUAUAAAUGUGAAGAAGUGGCUGUUAAGAUUUUUAACAAGCAUGUGUCACAAAUGCAUCUACAUCGUCUUCUGCGACAAGAACUUGCAAUUCUUAGUUAUUUGCAUCAUCCCAGUUUGGUCUCUCUCUUGGCGGCUGACUUUCGACCCCAGAUGUUGGUAAUGGAAUUGGCACCCAAAGGUUCUCUGGACAUCCUGUUUAAUAAUGAGAAAGACCACCUUACUCAAACACUUCAACACCGGAUUGCUUUACAUGUAGCUGAUGGCUUAAGAUAUCUGCAUUCAUCAAUGAUAAUUUAUAGGGAUUUGAAGCCUCACAAUGUAUUGCUGUUCAGUUUCAAUCCUAACUCUGCUAUAAUUGCCAAAAUUGCUGAUUAUGGAAUUGCUCAGUAUUGCAGCAGAAUGGGAAUCAAGAGCUCUGAAGGCACACCAGGAUUUCGAGCACCAGAGGUUGCUCAAGGAAAUGUCAUUUAUAAUCAUCAGGCUGAUGUUUAUUCAUUUGGAUUGCUUUUAUAUGAUCUGAUUACUAAUGGUGAAAGAAUCUCUUAUGGAAUGAAGUUUCCAAAUGACUUUGAUGAGAUGGCGAUUCAGGGGAAAUUGCCAGAUCCAGUCAAAGAAUUUGAUUGUGAUCCAUGGCCCGCUGUCCAAAGUUUAAUUGAUGAUUGUUUGAAGCAAAACCCUGAGGACAGGCCACCAGCUUCUCAGGUAUAUGAGACUCUGAAUUCAGCAGAGCUACUUUGUUUGAAGAGAAGAAUGAUAGUCCCUGGUAACCUCACAGCAGACUGCAUGGUAGCUACAAGCUCUGUUUGCAGAAAGCCUCGUGUCUGGAUUGGCAGUGGACAACGAGACAAGGCACAACUCUCCUGUUUAGAAUUGGACACUGAUGGACAGGCUAUUGUGGACAUUGAGGAUAACCGCAUUUUGUGCCUAGCACUGGUAUGUGUGAUUGGCGAGCAAAUUAAUUGGGUUGUUGCAGGCACACAGUCUGGACAUUUGUGGAUAGUCAACACAGAGAACGUAAAAUUUGUUCAUCAACUUCGGAAGAUGUCUGAUUCUAUUACCUGUUUGUAUUGCACUCAUCAUUCCAAACAUAGCAAAGAAGACAAUUUCCUGUUGGUGGGAACAGCAGAUGGAAAGCUUGCUGUUUUUAAGGAUACAACAGUAAAGUACCAAGAUGGCGCACCCCUGAAGGUUGUGGAUAUUGGUGACAUCAGUACUCCUUUGGUAUGCUUGAGCAUAUCACUCUCUUCAGAACAGAUAGCUUUUUGGGCAACCUGUGGAACAAAGAUCAUAUCACUUAGCAGCAAUUUUACAGUUAAGAAGGUGAUAGACACAAAGACAAGGACUCUAAGCCAGAAGUAUUGCAGUGAUGGAAAUAUUAUCACCAUGGUGAUUGAUAAAUACAUUUAUCUGGCAAAGAAGGAUAGCCAUGUUGUUGAACUUUGGGACAAGAAGUCGUACAAAAUGACUAUGUCAAUUGAUUGUGCUUCUAUUCUUAAGAAUGAGACAUAUUCAGCUCGAGUGAAAGCACUUCAUCUUCAGAAGACAAGUGCCCUUUGGAUUGGAACAGGAGGGGGUGAUGUCAUAUUAUUAGAUCUUUCCACUCAUCAGCCCAUUCGGGUCAUUGAGAAAUUCUGUCAUUCUAUCAGAAGUAUGGUGCCAGCACAAAUCGAGAAGGGAUACCUUCAUACUGUCAUACUGAUCCUAGGAAAUGUCUGUAUAGAUUCCAAUGGAAAUAACAAACAACAGAGUGAAUUGCAAUCACAGCUGUUCGUUUGGGACUUGAACCUUCCAUUUGAGAUCCAAAGCCUGAAGAAGCACACAGAUAUGAGAAGAGAAAUAAUUGAAAAAAUGAGAACUGGUUCUUUGGAAUGAGUGCACAUGGACAAAUACAUAUGUAUAUAUUUUCUUAAUUAAUUUAAAGUUUUGGGUUCAUUGAAAAUACGAAGUGGUAAACCUAACUUACACAAAAGAAUUUUUAAAUAUGGGAUAUUGCACAAAAUGGAGCUAAAUUGCCUCCUGUAUUUAUCCUCUUGAGAACACUCCCUCCAUGGAGAUUGAAACUAGUCAUAUAUUUUUGUAACUUGACAUGCAGUUAGUUUAAAUUUUUAGAUCCCUGAACUUUUGCACUUGUAAUAUUGCAAUAAUAUAAAUAAAUUUACAGUUUGGAUACUAACCUGAAUGAUUUGCCAGUGCAGUGUGUUGCUGGGAGUGUUCUGAAGUUAAUGAUUGAUAAGUCAAUAAUCACACUGGAAGUUAAGUGCUGACAGUAUAAGAUGAUUGAUUUUUGGACCUGAGACUAAACCCAGUAAGGGAAUGCCAAGGUAGAAUUUGUGACCACCCAACUGAUUCACUAUUGAUACCGCUAGAGUCUUCAGAGUUUCCAGAAUUUGUUUCUAGUCUGCUAGUGAGAAUGAUGUGAGGAGCUCAAACUAAGAGAUCAUGUCCUCAAAAAGCUCAUCACAAAAAUGGCAGUCUCUUUAUGAAAGAAAAUAUGCCAGAAACGUUUGAUAGAGGGAAAGAUUGUGGUUACCUUUAAAAUUGCUGUAAAUGAAAUGUAUCUAUGUUACCUCUACACAGGCACAUUUGCAGCAAAAAAUAUAGCUGGUAAUGCCUGGUGACUAAUACAAUAAAAGGGAGUUUGGAUGCUGGUAAUUGAAUUUUUAAGUUUUGGAUAUUGUACAUGAAGGAGCUAAAAUAAUUCCUGUAAUUAUCCUUUUGUGGCAUUUGAACCCCCGUUUAGUGACUUUUAAAUGACAGUGCUAUUCCGAGAAGAACAUAAACUGAAUUUAAACAUAAAUUUGCUACUCCAGAAUAUUUUCUACAAUAUUUCUGAUAAGAGGUAGUGGCAAGAGAUAACAGCCAACUAAUCAUGGAAUCUGGGAAUAAAGAUUGGAACACCUUCUAAACAUUGCCAUAGUUAUUACUAAUAACUAAGCCAUUUCUCAAAUGUCUGUGGAUAUAGAGCUGGCCCAUGCAAACUGUCUCAGAACUUUGAAUUCUAAUCAUGCAAAACCUCAAGGCACAUAUUUUCAUUGUAAACUAAUGCAAUAAACUUGGCACAUCAUUACACUCAAAGGAUUUUACACAUAAAACACAAGCUAGCUUUAUAUUUAUGAUAAGUUUUACUUUUCAAAUGCCUAUUGCUAUCUAUGUGCUCCUUCAAUUUACAGCAUUUGAAAAAUACUCUGGUUGCUUACCAAAGUUAUACGUAAUUCAAGAGAACCAUCACAAACAGAAGGAAGCUAUGGAAAUUGUAUGCUCAUAAUUCUGUUGAGGAUAUUUUUUUAGAAGAGCAUUCCUUAAUCCACACAGGUAUGCAAAUAAUUUUCAAAUAGCAAUGCAAAAUCUAUUAAAAUUUAUCUCCUGGAGGAGCCACUGUAACAUUAAUGACAGUUCCCAUUUUAGGUCUGGGGCAGCAGCUUGCAAUACUGCAGGACAAUGCACCACUCUCUAUUCCUUGUAACAUUGUUCGCAAGGAACAUCCCAGCAGCACGUUGUCCUGAAGUAUGCAGUUCAUGGGUUGAGGAAAUAGCUGCUGGUAAGACACAGGUGAAGAACUGAUAAUGGUGGGGAUUGGAAAGACAGUGUCAUUGUGGAUUGCAACAAAUAGUUCUGUGCUUUGGGAAGUAGCAUUGCAAUAAAAAUGAAAAAGUAAAGAUGAAAAACCUGAUAACUUGCGGCGCAAAUAUUACUUAUGCUGGAGUAUAAGGAUGCAAAGCUACAAAAUUGAAUGAACAGCUCAUGCACCCUGAAAAGUAAUGUCAGAACCAACCGUAUUGUGCUGGUUAACCAUGUCAGUGAGUCUGGCUUACUGAUUGGUCUGCUGCUGACACGUUUCCUGGCGAGCCAUUUCGCAGUCAUUGCUGGGUAAAUGUGUCUGGUUCUACAGAUAGGGUUAGGGACAUCUUGGCAGAAUUAGACAGUCUGGCUGUGUUGCCUUCUGUUUUGUGAACCUUUGUUAUUCAUUGCACCCUGAGAUGCUGUGAUUAAGGGGGAAGAGGUGGAUUGCCAAAUAUCUGCCCGAAGUAAGAUAACAGACUUAACUGAAGGAUAUUUUAACUAAUACGGUUUCAGGAAAUUGCAACUUUAGAUGUCAUAAGUUUUGACGUUAAGGGAGACUUGUUCCAGUUCAUGCCACCUUUAAAUAUCUUUGUGUUCUUUCUGAUUGUUGAAAAGAGUUCCUGUGCAACCAGUAUCUUAAAAUGCUAAAUGAGCUUCCUACUAAAAUGUUACUGAGUAAUUGAACAAGUGGUAUGGCGGACAGUGUUGCAUUUUCAACCGAGACCAGACAAGAUCGGUAAUCUCAUUGUUGGUAGAAACAACAUUUGGUAAAAUAUCUUUAUCCUUCAAAUAGUCUAUUAGUUUUGCCAGUAUGAUGCCAAUACAUUGUUAAAGGUUCAUCUUCUUUAAAUUCCAAUUCACUAUCCUAUGACACCUGGAAACAAAAGUUUAAUUUGAGUAUAUUUUAUUAGCAAUAUUUGAAGGAUUGACAAUAGAAAUACUGCCAUCACAUGCAGAGGAACCCUACUAAAUUGACUGGUGAUGCAAAACAUGGUUAAUGCCUCCCAUUCUUUAAUUAUGUAGGGUUUAUAUUUAAUUGCAUCAUAGAUAACAUAACCUAUGAAUUUAAUGGGUUGUUUCUCUUUUUCUAAAAUAUUGGGGUGCUCGUCACACACAUGUGGUUAGGGCCAGUUUUGUGAAUGAUUGUAUCAUUGAGUGAUAACUUCCUCCAAAUGUCAGUUCCCCUGCUGUGCUGCAAUGUAAUGGUUCAGAAACAGGAGUAUGGAAAGGCCAUUGUUCCCAAUCUUCUUCCUGGUGGAUCUGGUUAUUGGUAUAAGCCAUAUGCCUAAAACACCAGUGUCUACAGCAUGCAGAGCUGAAAAUGUGUUGCUGGAAAAGCGCAGCAGGUCAGGCAGCAUCCAGGGAA